GCUUGGGCGCAACUGCCGGCCUGUUCUUUGGUGGGCCGCUGUGUGUCGCAGCCUGCCUGCAUUUUCGGCAGGGGGGGGCGGGCGCCCGCGCCCGAUUUGCGCGCCGCCCUCCGUGUGGAUGCAUGCGAGCGAGGGCCGCAGCGUAGCUUGGCGAGCCAGCGGGGUGAUUCCUGAACUCAUUCACGGUGGGGCGUGUAGAGUGGAUGCCCGGUCGCCGGGGUCAUCUGUGGCCCCCUUCGAGAAAGAACAGCAACAGCCUGCAGCAGCCUCCGCCUGUGCUUGUUGUGUGUUUGUUAGUUUCCUUUGUGUGGGUGGCGCCCCCGUCACUUAAU